CAGCUCCAAGAUCGUUCUCGCCAUUUUCAGGUCGACCCUCUUCUUCAUCUCCUUCUCUUUUGCUCGCGCCGCUUCGUUUUGUUGCAAAUUCAUUGGUUGGAUCGACCUUUUCUGCGGUCGCCUGCCCUGCUAAAGAAUACCUGCUGAUCAGUGAAGAUUAUGGCUGAGUCAGCUGAUAACGGUGCUGGGAAGAAGCUUAUUCGAAUUGAUAUUAGUUCAGAUACUGUUUGCCCGUGGUGCUGCGUAGGCAAAAAGAAUUUGGACAAGGCUAUAGCCAUUGCAAAGAAUCAGUUUGAUUUUGAGAUCAAAUGGCAUCCAUUUUUUCUGAAUCCAUCUGCCCCAAAAGAAGGUGUCAACAAAAAAGAGUAUUACCUGAAAAAGUUUGGAUCUGAAUCGGAAAGCAUGGAAGCUCGUAUGCGCGAGGUUUUUAGAGGUAUUGGAUUGGAAUACAACAUGUCUGGUCUCACGGGAAAUACUGUGGAUAGCCACAGGCUUAUAUACUAUGCUGGGACAGAGGGGCUCGAGAAGCAACAUAAACUUGUGGACGAGCUAUUCAUUGGCUACUUCACCCAGGGAAGAUAUAUUGGUGACAGAGAAUUCCUUGUGGAAGCUGCUGCCAAGGCUGGAGUAGACGGGGCAGCCGAGUUUCUAGAUAAUCCAAACAGUGGACUGCAAGAGGUAAAUGAGGAGCUCGAACAGUACUCGUCAAACAUUUCAGGGGUUCCGCACUUCGUGAUAAAUGGGAAGCACAGAUUGAGCGGCGGCCAGCCCCCCGAGGUGUUCCUGCGAGCCUUUGAGGUUAUCGCUAGCGGAAACUAAACGAAAUGAAAAUGUCAUGCUUGUGUUUACUCAAUAAAUAAAAAACAGGUUGUGUUAUCUGUUUUACUAUAAAUACUAUAUAGGAACAAUGAGUGAAUAAAUUCUUCCGGUUCAUGGAAA